ACCCAUGCUCGUGAUAGGAUAGGCUAAAAUUCCACACAGAAACCAGAUCAAACGUACAGAAUGCCCGUGAUUAAGAAAUAACAGCCAAUCACAGGGCAGGAGGCGGGACUUUGUCGGAAUACGGGCGACAAACUAAAACUAUUGCUGGCCGAGAGUGAAGAGCGCACAGUGACACAAUGAAGUCCAUACCGGAGGAUUUAUCCACACUCGUUUCAGAUUUGGAAGCAUUUUUGACAGAAGUUCUGAAAGGAGAAAAUCUGAGCAAGAAAGCAAAAGAAAAAAGAGAUGCUUUUAUAAAGAGAAUAAAGGAGGUCAAAGCCAGUUACCCGCAGGAUUUCAAGGAAAAACGAGAUGAAGAGUGGGAUGAGAUUGACGAAGCAGACAGCAACAAUGAUGGCUGUUCGCUGCAAUCUGAGCGCAUGGAUAGAGAUGACGAGCCAGCAUAUGAUGGCGUUCAGCAGGCCCCUCCAAUAGCAGCUCAAGAUCUUCAAGCUGUGUUUAAGAGUGGUUACCUGGAAAAACGACGAAAGGAUCACAGCUUCUUUGGCACAGAGUGGCAGAAGAGAUGGUGUGCUCUGAGCAUCCACACAUUCUAUUAUUAUGGCAAUGAGAAAGAUAAACAGCAGAAGGGAGAGUUUAAUAUAAGCGGUUAUGCUGUCAAAAUGAACAACACAUUGCGCAAAGAUUCCAAGAAAGACUGCUGCUUUGAAAUAUCUGCUCCUGACAAACGUGUGUACCAGUUCUGUGCCUCCACACAGAAAGAGGCAGAGGAAUGGGUAGAGCAGAUUAGCUUUGUGAUCAAAGACAUGGAAGGCAUCAUUCCUUUGGAGGAGGAACAGGACACAUAUGAUGACUGCUUACCUCUGAAUAUGAAUUUAAAUACAGCUUCCGUGCCUGCACCCAUUGAUGACGAUAUCUAUGAGGAGCUUCCUGAGGAGGAGGUGCCUCACACUAAUAAACCAGCACCAGAGCCAGUCAGCAAACCCCCCAUAGCACCUCCAGUGACAGCAGUAAAUAAGAGCACAGACUACCAGAACUACUUCCAGGGUUUGUGGGACUGCAGUGGAGACCAACCUGAUGAACUGUCUUUCAAGAGAGGGGAUGCCAUCUACAUCCUCAGCAAGGAAUAUGAUACUUUUGGCUGGUGGGUUGGAGAGAUGAAAGGUGUCAUUGGUAUAGUGCCUAAAAGCUACUUGACAGAGCUUUACAUUUUGUGAAGGCCUCAACGUAAGUAUGGUCAUCUGAACUUCCUUUAAUCCUACCUCGUUGAGGUAAUGCAUUUUGCGUUAAUUCCAGUGUUUUUCUUGCCAGUAUGCUGGAUUGUUUUAUAUGUUUUGCUUAAAAAAUAAGUUUGCUUAAAACUGUUGUUUUCUAAGUUAAUUAAAUGGAUUCUAUUCAAUGUGAAAAAUAACAAAGAAUGACAAAUGAAUAAUGUUUGCAUCUUGAAUUGUGUUUGAAUGAUGCAGGAAAACUAUGCUUGUUAAGUUUAAAAAAAUGUUAUAAAACAGUUAGCUAUAAAAAAAUAAAGCUUGUGAAAUUAUUAGUAAGUA